AUGCCGCCUCCACCCUCUCUGCCCCUCCACCACCGAGAUGGCAGGGCCGGGUUACCACAGUUAUCCUCUUUGCGACAACCUCAAGGUCCCAAUAUCAACAGCAGCAAUGUCGGUACAAGCGCCAACGCCAAUACCAGCUUCGCCCAACAAGCUCAAGCUCACAAUAAUGAGCCGUACUACUCUAAUGAAGACAUCGAGCUCCUCCACGAAAUCGUCACCCUCGCUGAGUCCAUCCUUCCUUCCCUCCCGGAACGCGACCGCUUGCCGACGAACGCGCUCUUCCAAGCCGCCGAACAGAUCCUCCCCGCACAUGGCUACCCAGAUCCGGACCAGGCGCCCUCGCAUAUCUCGCGGCUUAUCUUUAAGAUUGGGGGCCAGCGAUGCGCGCCGAACUCGAGAGGGGAGACCAGUUUGCUGGAUCGGUUUCGAACCGUCUUAGCGGGUAUGGGCAUCAUGUUGGAGUAUGUGCCUAGUAGUCCGUUGGGAGGGAGUCGGGAGCAGUCGCCUGCUGGAGCUGCGGUGGGAGGAAGAGGGGGAAGCGCUGAAGCAAGAAGGAGGGCGGCGGUAGGGGAUAAGCUGGCUGCUAGGUCUAGGUCGAGGAGCGUCUCGGUAUCGGGCAGGUCGCUGGGUGGGUUCUCGUCGGUUUUUAGUGAGGACGAGGACGUGACGGGCGGGGAACUCGAUAUCAAGUUGCGACGACUGCUGCCAAAGAGGAGACACAGCUCUGUUUCGAGACCGCUUGCGCUUGGUGGACUACCGAUUCGGUCACGAGCACGUUCGGCGAGUUUCACAGAUCCGAAUGCCUUGCCGGGGGAUACGCUCAGGAACGAGAGGGCUAGACGACUGGAAGCGCUGGCGCAACAACGGGAACAGCAGCAACGAGAAAGGGAGCAGCUGUUGAAUCGAAGGGGGAGGUCACCCGAGAAAUGCCAGGGGAGGAGAAGUCAAUUGGCUUCGAGACACAUCCCUCGCGUGUUCGGCGCACCGCAUCACUACGAAAAUGCGGAGGUUGCCGCUGGCGCUUUACCCGCAUACGCCAGACCGAACAAAGAACGACCACGGCCCAUGUCCUUCUCCUCAAUAGGCGAAACCGACCUCAACCACAAAUCCCCUCGAACCGAUUUCUCCGAACUCCAUCGCGCAACCAGCGACACCACUGUCAACACCAAAGACGAGCCUCUGCCCCUGCCUAGCAGCAGCCACCAACACCAUGCCUUUACGCGACCCCCACCCUCCGACCCCGAAUACCAAGAAGCAAAAGUGCGCAUGUUCCGAACCGAAGACGACGUCUCGCUGCUUCGCGACGCCUUCACAUCCUGGCACGACCACUUCAACCGCCACCAGCGCGACCACGACCACCUUCUAUCCAUCGCGACGCAGAUCGACGACGAAGACAUCAAGGCCGAGGUCCUGGAGAUAUGGCUCGAGGAAGCGGUGGCUGUUGUCGAAGAGCGCGAGCGCCGCGAGGCUGAAGCCGAGUAUGAAGCGUGGGUCGACAAGAUGGAGCGGCGCGCUACGAGAGUGUACGAGGUUUUCACGAUACAGAAUAUGUUGAACUUCUGGCAGGAUCAAGCGCGCGAGGAGCUGGAUCGUACCGCGGUCGCGAGACGGCAUUUGGUCAGGAAGAGGGCGUUUGAUGCUUGGAGGGCACAGCAUAUUCAGGAUGAGACGAAGGCCAGGAACUUUGUGCUUCUUCAUGCGCUGCAGCAGUGGACGGCCGUGGCGUUGCAUCAGGAGGUUAGAGGGCACGUGGCUGAGCAGACGGAGGAAAGGGAGACGAUGAGAGAGGGAUUGAUGCAUUGGUAUCGGCUGCAAAAGGGGAGGGUGGCGGAUGACUUUGCGAUGUUCAAGGCGAUGAAAGGAGGCUUGAACCAUUGGACUACGAGGACAAAGGAGGUGCAAGAGGAUCAUGAGGUGGCCAUUGCCCUGGAUGAGAGACUUCUCCUCGACGAGGCGGUUAAUAUCUGGCACGAAGAGGCGGAUGAUCUCAGGUACACCGGGUACGAGUGCAGGCUGCAUAAAGUCACACAGGACUGUCAGACUAUUCUUGCGAAUUGGCACGAGCAGAGCCGGUUGUUGCGAACGCUUAGGAAGUUUCGCGCGGCUGACGAGCGCACGCUCAAGUGGAACUGUCUCGAGCAUUGGCGGGAAGAAGCCGAGUACGCUCGUCGGGAUGGUUUGCUGGCUGACGCUGUGGUGCUUCUCACCCCCGUGGACACCUGGAAGCUGGAGUUGAAGCUCAAGUUGUGGAAUAUCCGCGAAGACGAGGAGACUCUGGAAGAUACUUUGACUCACUGGUUCCUCGAGCAACGUCUGGCCUUGUUCCAGCACCACGCCGCCUCCACAACUAAGAAAUCCGUCCUUUCCACCUGGCUCUCCGCCACUGAGACCUCCGUUUCCAUCCGCCAACACUCCGAGUCCGAAGCCUCCUACAUCUACUCCGACGACCUUUUGUCUUCCUGUCUCUCAACCUGGUUCGACGCCUCCAACGCCAUCUUUACCCCUCGCCACAAUGCCAACCUCAUCUGUCUCUACCGCACCACCAAGCCGUGUCUAGACCGCUGGCGCGAAGCCCUCGUCUCCUCUACCACGCGCAAUGCUUACUAUCUUCGCAAGGCCUCCAAACACUCCAAGCGUUUCACCAUCACCUCCGUCCUCAACUGCUGGCCCUCUUUGGCAGAACAAGCUCGUCGCGAGAGGAUGAUGACAUCCCUGCGCUCCUUCCGGCGGGAGUACAAGAUCUCCCUAGCCCAGUCCUGUCUAAGCACUUGGUUCAACGCCCUGCUAGAGUCCGACGACAUGGGCGCUGGCGCCGACUCUUUACAUCUUGAUCACAACCACUCGGACGUUUACGAUACCCUCUCCUACUGGUCUUCCAUCUCCCAAAGGGCGCAAGAGAUAAGAGAUAUUGCCGCCGACGCCGAGCUAGAAUCCUAUCUAGAGAACUGGAUGGAUAGCGCAGCGGAGAUGCGAGAAGCGGAAAUGGAUGCCGAGGAAUGGGAAGUCGAGGGUACUACCAAGAAUUGUUUGCAGAGGUGGGAACAUGAAGCGCUGCAUUUGGUUGCUAAGAGGAAUGCGGUGAAGGCGCUGAGGGAACGGGAAGAUAGACGAAUGGCGGUGGGGGUGUUGGAGGGGUGGUGGGGGGUUGUUAACCCCGGGGCUGUUAGGGAGAGGGGUAUCGGAAUGGGAGAGUAUAGUAUGCUUGAUCCCAGGAUGAGUACGAUGUUGAGUGGGAGGAGGAGUGUGAUGAGGCAGAUGGGAAGGUAUCGAGAUCGAGAAAGGGGAGGCGGCGGUGGUGGUGAUACGACGGCAAACUUUGGCAAUAGUGUUAGCCAGUGGUUUGGUAAUUCGGAGAUGCCACCUGAGCGGGAGAGGGAUAGGUCAACGUUCCUUUUCCCACCGGCAACAGCGGCGACAGUACCGUCGAGGCAAUCCGUCCAGCUUCCUAUACGAUCCGCUCCUCCAUCCGCUACCCAAAAACCACCAAAAGCGCCAACGGGCUAUCAACCCUACCAUCCCAACCCGGACCCUCCCGUUACUUCAAAUCCCUACUCCCAAUCCCGCCCAACAAGUCGCACAGCAAGUCGACCAGCAAGCAGACUCACAGCCCCAAUCCCAGUUCCAGAAACCCCCAUCGUCUCAGCACCCGUCCAACAACCAACCGGCCGAAGCUCAGAUAUGCGUCCAACGAACUUAUCCGCUCGACUAGUCAAUGCUAGAAACAAUCCUUCUAGUUCGAGUUCGGCGUUCAGGACAAGUCAAACGCUAGCGGCCGAGGUUAGUAAUCUAGGUCCUAUGGACUUUGAUGAUGAUGAGGAAUCUUUCCUUCCGGAUUUGGAUGUUAAUGAUCCGGGGUUUAUGAGUACGCCUAGUAGAGUUAGGCGGGCGCCGCCUUUGGGACGGGUGGGGCAUUCGGUGUCUUUGCCGGUUGUGCAGGGCGCUGGUAUUGGGCAGGGGACUGGGCAGGGGAGUGGGCAGCAGGGGAACACUAUCUUUGCUUCUGGGUCACAGUUUGCUGGACAGGCGCAGUACCAGCCUCAGUCUCAAUACCAGCCUCAGUCGCAGUACCAACCACAAUCACAAGAUGAUCGCUCAAGACCACCACCCCUCGACGACCGUUCACGACCAGAAAGUUCAUCAAGACCCGACCGCCCAGACCGAUCCGAAAGAUUCAACGCUCGAAAAUCCCUUUUCCGACUAGACCGUCCAUCCACCGCUCCCCCUCUCCCAUCUCACUAUCCUCCCUCCCACUACCUCCCCUUCCAAGGACCACCAACAGCCCCCUCAACUUCCGUCGGCACCUCAACUCCCUCAGCGAUACUAGCUAGCCCAAGAGAGAGGGAACUAAGGAGGGUAUAUGCGGAACCAGCUUCGGGAAUGGGAGUGGGGAAUACGAGUGGGAUUUUGAGAGGAGGGAGGGAGUGGACUGAACGGGAGAGGGUAGAUACUAGAGAGAGAGGGGUUUUCUUUAGUGAUAUUAGGGAGGAGAGCGCUGAGGGGUGA